GUUGACCUGGCCGCAGUCAGCCGCUCAUCAGUGACUGGCAAAAUGGCCUCCUUCGCCAAGCGAGAUGGCGCUGUGAGAACUUUUCCUGGCCUUUUUUUUUUUUUUGCCGCAGCCCACACGGGCCCCCAAACCUGGCACGUUUCCUCAUUCCUUGGUCCUGACACACCAUCCUGCCCCGUCUGGUGAAAUCUCUUCGCAAGUGUCAUAGCUCGCUGAGCAACCAAGCCGCCAUUGCUGUUGCCCAUUAUUGCCAUUAUUGCCAUGGCCAUGGCACGCUGCUUCUGGUCACACGCCUGGUUGCCACGGGGCAAGAAGGGCUCUAGUGGAAUCCCAAUGGCUCUGUAAAUUUCUGCCCCUCCACACAAGUACCGCAGUACUCAUGUACUCAUUCAUGUACACUACUCCGUACUCCGUACCUGGUUUGUGUUCACUCACUCUCGUCCCCUCUGUCUAUGAGUCCCACCUCUCUUAUAUCAGGCCCCCCCUCCUCACCACCCUCUCUCACACCACCACCACCAUCCACAUUGGCCCCUCUUCUUCUAGAAGUUUACUCGAGUGAUAUACUUUGCACAUAAACACCUGUCGUCAAAGCUCCUGCAUUCACCACCCAAGACCAUCUGCAAGACCAAAAGUCAGAUACACACAUACGACCUUACACACACACAUAUACAUACACACACCCAUAUCAGCAUAUCAACAUGCCUUCCUACUCCAUCACCGAGCCCCACCCAACAGUGGCAGCUUCGACCUGGUGUCACGCCGGUCGUGGAGGCGCGGGCAACUUCUUCAAGGCCCCCAAGGCGGUGACCUCGGCUGCGGGCGUGCCUACCCCCAUCACUCCCACCAUCAGCAACUCGACCACCGCCACCAGCAAGUUCCACUCUGGCCGCGGCGGCGCGGGUAACGCCCACGCCAGCUCCGAGAGGCCGGUCAUCUCCUUCGAGGACGAGUACGAGCGUAAGGAGCGCUCAGAGUCCGCGGCGAGGCCGGCAUUCACCGGCCGCGGCGGCGCGGGCAACUUCAAGUCCGCCACCUCCUCCUUCGGCAGCAAGGGCCACCGCAAGGGCAGCGAUGCCUCCACCGCGUCCAACGCCUCCACCAAGAGCGCCUCCAGCACCCGCUCUGGCUUCCUGGGCAGGCUGAGCGCAUCCCUCUCCCACGGGCAGUGAUGUGCUUCCUCGCGGGCGCGUUGUCGCUGAUCAUCUCAGCAUCCAUCCGGCCAGCACGCUUGCGCACAUCCACCAGUAUUGCGAAUUUCGGCGUUGAAAGGUCCCAAAGAAAAGUUCGGUCAUGGAAUCAGCGAAUCGGUCAUGCUUGUUUUGUUUUUGGUUUUUGGGCUCGUGUUUUUAACUACCCGGGGUGCCUCAGUGCAGACAGGAAAGCUCAAAAAAAGAGAUGGACCUGGAUCGGUUUUCUUCCAACCUUUCGAAAACUCGGUCACCCCCUUGGCUGGCAGACUCCAGGGCGGGGAAAGGGAAUAAUCAUUGCGGGCGGCGUUUGUUCUGGUGAAAAGAAACCAUUGGUGUACCAUAUACCCCUCAAAGCGAUUGUGUUUUUUUCUCAAAUGUUUAAGCGACAUCCCGACAUACACAUGUUGUCUCGCAAUUGCCACAUAUUAUGUCAGCAUAAAACGUCCAUUAUUUGCGAUUGUGAUGAAAUCAAUAACACAUCUAUCAGAGUCAA